AUGUCUGUUUCUGAAGAUAAUACACCAGUCUCUACCUCUACUAGUAUCACUGCAGCAGAAGAAAAAAAUGUUCCCACAUUAGCUGAGGUGGUUCGAAAUUAUAAAACUAAGGAGCUUAUAGAUUUCUUACAUAAAGAAAAAGACUUGGUGCUUGACGAUGAUGACUUGAAAAUUAUCAAAAAGGAAAAAAUUACAGGCUAUGCUUUUCUCAAGACAACUAAAGAAGAGCUCCAAAGUUAUGGAAUGUCAGGUGGACCCGCUUCAGACCUAGCUGACUUUGUUAAAGAACUGGGCAAAUGUAAAUUAAAAGCCUUCUCCUCAUACAAAAGUUUGAGGGAAGUGUUGAAAAAAUAUGAUAUUGAUGGAAAUGAAACUUACCAACUCAAAGAUGAAGAUGAUGAGUUAGAACAAUGUAUAAGGGAAAUAAAAUGCAGAUUGGGAAAUAUGGGUACUAUACUUGCCGAUAGCAAUGAAGCCAUGUGCUGUGAAUAUAUCUCGGCCAUUCUUCAUGCUUUGCUUUAUAUUGUUAAAAGAAUCACAAACAAAGAACUUACCUUAGCUUCUCAACUCGAAGUUGUUGGUGAAGAAAGUACCGGUAGAGUUGACUAUGCGAUCAAGGCUCUAGAAGAACUUAUUUGUAUCACAGAAGGAAAAUUACAUCAGGUGGUCAUGGGGUUUGCUCAAAAUUUGAUCCAAUGUGAAAGUGCAUUGCAAGCAAAUAAACGUAUGAGAAAACGUAAGUCAAAUGAAGAGUUUAUGGACGACUAUAACUAUAUCUAUGGAAUUGUUACAACAGCUACAGAAUGGUAUUUCAUUCUUUAUACCUCGAACGAAAUAUCUUGUACAAGCAAAAAUCCUCUUAAUAUUCGUUUUACUGAAUCUGUCUUGAAAGAAGGUUUGGAGGAAGAAAAAGAGUUAUGUAAAAACAUGAAGCGGGUGAUGGAGGUUAUCGUAAGAUUAUUAAAAGAUAGAGUGGAUGUUGAAAAGGAACCGGUAACAAAAAAGCAAUGGGUUCAAAGGUUUUUUGGAAAUCAAGAAUAG